GUGUCGUGCAGUUCGUCUAACUUAAAGCAAGUGUUGAAUUAAGUGAAUAACAUAGAACAUUUUUAAUACUUAACUUUAUUUUAAUCAUCAUGGAUUAUAAAGAUGAACAACAUAAUGAAAUUGAAGCUUUGGAGUCAAUUUAUUGUGGAGAAUUGGAAGUUUUAGCAACAGAACCAUUUUAUACAUUUUCCAUACCCAUUAAAACUGAGGAAUAUGAAUCAGGUACUGAAAAUGGUCUCAGUUGUUGUUUACAAUUUACAUAUACUGAAAAAUAUCCGGAUGAACCACUCUUAAUAUCAAUAGAAGAACCUGAAAACUUCGAAGAAGAUAGUACUGAAAAAUUAAAAAAACAUUUAAUAGAACAAAUGAAUGAAAAUCUUGGAAUGGUUAUGGUAUUUACUUUAGUUAGUGCUGCUCAAGAAUGGCUUAAUGUACAAUGGGAUAAAAUUAAAUUAAACCGGGAAGAAUGCGAAGCACAAAAACUCAGAGAAGAGGAAGAAGCAGAAAGAAAAAAGUUUGAGGGUACACGAGUUACAGUUGAAACAUUUUUGUGUUGGAAAGAAAAAUUUGACGAAGAAAUGGGAUAUACAAAAAGAAGAGAAAUAGCUGAACGAGAAGGAAAGAAAUUAACUGGUAGAGAAUUGUUUAUGACUGAUAAAACAUUAGAUCAAUCGGAUCUGAAGUUCUUAGAUGAUGAUUCUGUUAAAGUAGACGAAAGUUUAUUUCAAAAUUUAGACGAUUUGGAAUUAGAAGAUGACGAUGACGAUGAUGAUCCUGAUUAUGAACCAAACGUUUCUGAUGAUAGUGCCUAAAUAAAUCUGCUAAAAUUUUAUUCUAUUAUUUAUAAGAUAAUCUCAAAACUCCUACUUACUGAAUAUUUAUAUAUAAAAUUAAUAUUUAAAAAUUUAUUUAAAAAAUACUAGAAUUUAAACAAAUUGAUAUA